GUUACAUUUCCAUGUAACCGUAGCCAGUGCCUAUCUUAAUACGACACCGGGAACCAGGAUAUAAUAUUACACCUAAACAUCGAACAUGGCAGAAGGGUUACGUUAUAAAGACAAAGUUACAAUAAUUACCGGUGGUUCCAGUGGCAUUGGAAAGGGAUGUUUACAAGUGUUUGUGCGUAAUGGUGCUAAAGUUGUUUUUUGCUCUAACAAUGAGAAUCAAGGUCUAGCUGUAGAAAAAGAAUUAUGUAAAAACGAACCUGGAGAAGCUGCAUUUGUGUACGCUGACAUGUGUAAUGAGGAAGAUGUUAAGAAUCUUGUAGAACAAACAGUGAAAAGAUACGGCAAGAUAGAUUGUCUGAUAAAUAAUGCAGGCGCUCAUCCAGUAUUCCAGGCAAUAGACGAUUUUACGUCUGAUGAUUUCAGAAAGCUGUUAGAUUUAAAUGUACUUGGUUACUUUCGAGCUUCAAAGUAUGCGCUUCCGUAUCUGAGAAAAACUGAAGGAAAUAUAAUAAACAUGGCCAGUAUGUCCGGGCAACAUUCUGAGAAAUUUGGCAUUACAUAUGCAGCUACAAAGGGUGCAGUAAGUGCAAUGACAAGAGCACUUGCUAUAGAUGAAGCUAUAUACAACGUACGAGUAAACGCAGUUUCUCCUGGUCCUACAAGAACACCAUUACUAGUUGAAGUUAUAAACCAAAGUCCGGACCCCAAGGCAAGAAUGCAAGAACUCGAAAAUCACUCAGUAUUAGGACGAAUGGGAGAACCUGAGGAAGUAGCAUUAACAUGUUUAUACCUUGCCGCUGACGCUACAUUUUGCACAGGAGAAGAAAUACAAGUGUGCGGAGGAUCAGGACUUAAUUACGCCAAUAAGAAUAUGCGAGUAGUUUCAAAGUAAAUAAAUAGAAUUCAAAACAA